UAUCUGGAUUGUCAAAAUGGCGUCAGGUCACGGUGAGGAGAUCAUCUACCGGUCCCGGUCCGGGCAGCGCUCGUGUUUUAAAUCAUAAGGUUUAUCUAGUGAAUAUGCUGAAGGACAGUUCGAGUAGAUGUUCUGCUGAAAAAAGAUCGGAGGACAUGUAAAUUAGAGGAUAGUUAUGAAGACAAUGAUGUAUCUGAACAUAUGACAUCCAACCGGGACAACAUCGCACCUCUCUGGAAGGCUUUAUAGUAGAGAUCUUUAUCACGAAUUGUGUUGAAGUCGAUGGGUAUGUAAAGUCGCUUAUAACAACGAUGUGUUGAUUAAAGCUGGCCUGUCCAAUAAAAAACACACACCAGUUUUGAGUCUGCUGUUCUGAAGAAGAAUUGCCUAAUGUGAACCAUGCCUCGCACAAAAGAGCUCCCAGAAGACCUACGAUCAAGAAUUGUUGACUUACAUAAAGCUGGAAAGGGCUACAAAAGUAUAUCUGAAAGCCUUGAUGUCCAUGUGUCCACGGUAAGACAGAUUGUCUACAAAUGGAGAAUGUUCGGCACUGUUGCUACACUCCCUAGGCGUGGUCGUCCUGUAAAGAUGACUGCAAGAGCACAGCGCAGAAUGCUCAAUGAGGUGAAGAAGAAUCCUAGAGUGUCAGCUAAACACUUACAGAAAUCUCUGGCAGAUGCUAACAUUUUUGUUGACAAAUCUACAAUAAGGAAAACAUUAAACAAGAAUGGACUUCAUGGGAGGACACCACGGAGGAAGCCACUGCUGCCAAAAAAAAACAUUGCAGCACGUCCAAUCCAAGGAGGAGUCAACGAAACAAGAAAACAGACAGUCUUUCCAACAAAUCAGUGCUGAAGGAACGCGGAGCUCCUUCAGCUGGCCUUUUCAGGGUUUUGCGGUUCCUCCUCCAUCAGUACCUGACUUUGUGGGUUCGAACAUCACAGCUCCUCCUGCAUGUUCUCCUGCUUCACCAUCUCCACCCCUUCUGUCUGCCUGCUCCCCGUCUCUGCCUCCAUAUGUUUUUCAAGAUUUAUCAAUGCUGCCUCCUCCACCUCCCCCAUAUGAUGAGAUGGAAGACGCUCCACCUCCCACUCCUCCUUCUCCACCUCAAAGCAACAUCCCAUAAUUUGCACCAAAUACAUCUGUGACUUUAGCAAUUCCUCCACCUCCCCCUACUCAGGCCAACAUGGCGAUACCACCUCCUCCUCCACCUUCUCCAACUCAAGGCAAGAUAUAUAUGGAAAAAAAAUGAGACACUGUAGCUUUAAGGAACAGAACAGCAUCUCAGCUCUUAAAUGUUUCUAUCACAUUUAACAAUGCAACAACAUUUGAACUGUGACAUUUAAGGAACAUAAGGAACAGAAUUUUGGUUUUGACAUUUUUUUUAAUUUGCGUUACUCUUGUUUUGUAUCCUGAAUAUCUCAUCGAAUACCAGAUAAUACAAAUAAACACACUGUUUUCUGCAUGUA